AUGACUCAUGCAGGCAGUGGCACAUACGGAGACGUGUACUUCUGUCUCCCUAGCUCCAUGAUCAUGGCAGCUCGGAAUCACUUGACGGCACAGGCUGACUUGACAGUUGCGUGCGACGAUCUGACUAAACAGCUUGUCGCCAUCAAGAUCUGUCAAGGCCCGAGCCUACCAACCUUGAAAAACGAGCUCGCUGUGCUACAGAUCAUUGCUACUACCAAUCAUGCACCGACAGUCGACACAGCUUGCGGGAGCACCAUCGCACAUUGCGACGCCUUCUUCUUGUCUCUAGACCACGAAACAAGUCCGAGCGGCGACACGCACUACUUCACCACCGCCACGCUCCCACUAGUCUGUAGCCUCGACGUCCUCCUCUCUGAAACCCAGCAUCUACCAGAGCCCUUCACGUGGCUCGUGUACGUCAAGAUCCGCGAAGCACUGACCUGGCUGAUGAAAUGCUGCAAACCAGGAAUCGCGCACGGAGACUUGCAUCCAGGCAACAUCCUCAUCGGCUACCCGACCCUCGACCCACGACAAGGACAGCAGCUGCCGCAAGUCAAGAUGAUCGAUUUUGGGAACUCGCGCAUCGCCAAUGCAGAAACAGGUUACGCGUAUGCACUUCUCUUUAGUCAAACGGUUCACAAGGAUCGGACGGCCUUCCUGCACUUGCUUGCCCUUGUGGUGGGAGUCAUGUCGUUCGAUGGACAUGUGCCUAGUCGUUCGCCCAGCCGUAGCCCCCGUUUGGGUGGAGGAGAGAGUAGCGCUGAGUUCAGACAGUUUUGCAGGUUGGUUCAGCGGGCUGUGAAGCGUAGUACUUGGAAUCAUGGGGAUGAUUUGGUGGAGUUGGAGAGCCGUUUCAAGGGUUAUGCUGAGCGGAAGCUGAGGGGGUUGGAUGGAGAGAAGUGCAAAAUGGUCUGGGAUGCGGUGAUGAAUGGUACAGAAGAGCAACGAGAGGCUGUGCGGAGGAGGGUUGGGGAGUUGGUGGGUGUGGUCGUGGAGGGCGAUCAGUAG